AAUAAAAUGACUAUCAACGACACUCGCGCUUUGGAAGAUGUGCUCUUGGCUUUGGAAAGGAUGCAGGAAAUGGUUGAUCUUGAGAAAAUUCUAUUCGCCGAAGCUUCGCCACCGCUAACCAAAGAUACGAUUGUCCUCGUGCUGCGGGUUUUAUGGACGAGAAGCAUGUUGGAGAUAAGAAGCCCAGAAAUACCGCUGUAUGUGACUGUGUUUAUGGCCUUUGAUAUCGGCACACCGGAACGAGCUGGAGAUGCGGAAGUGACUUUCCUUGAAGAACGUGAUGAGCUGUUUCUGAAAAGCUACGCUAGACACGAUAUGUGGAUGGCGGGUUCGCUCAAGGACACCGCUAUAUUGGGCCGUUUUCAGAACCCAGGGCAACAACGGCCAGCAAACGGCGCUUUAAGCGAAAAAUAG